CAUUGUCGAGAUGGAGUGGUCGAGCACUUUAAUGGCGUCUCUGAAAGCUCUGCUGGUGUCGGCUGGCGCGGUGUCCAUCGCCGUCGCUCUCAGAGCCUCCGUUCCGUCGAUCUCCGACUCUCUGGCCCCUCGGUUGCCUCCCGCGCUGGACUCGCUCCUCUCGUGGUUCAGGCCUCCCUACCUCUUCAUCGUCGUUAACGGCAUCAUCAUCACCAUCGCCGCCACCUCCAGGUGCUUCCACCACCUGCAGCCCGAGGCCGUCGCGCUGGAGAGGGUCGCGGCCGCAGAGGAGAUUGAGGUUGCGGAAGCAACGCCCGUGGCGGAGGCGGCGGACCCGUUCGAUGAGUUUAAGGAUUUUGAGGACAAGAGAGUAGUAGUGGUGGGGAAUGACGGGGGAUUCGGCGGUGGAGAUGGAUAUAACGGUGACUGCGAAGGGGAGAGGAAGGUAGCGUUCGGGAGGUCGGCUUCGACGCCGCGGAGGCGAAUGGACUCGUCGGAGAAAGCUCUGGUUUCGCCGAGACUUGUUCGCCGGAAGGCUGCUGAAGGCGACCACCUUCAAGGGGGCAAAGCUUUGAGAAGAAGCGCGAGGAGAUCCAACGAGAGCAUGGACAACGUUUGGAAAGCGAUAGUGGAGGCGGGAGCGAUGCCGGUGACACGACACGUGAAAGCCGACGAUGCCGACCAUCGGAUUAGCUUGCUGGAGUCGCCGCUGCCGCCUUCGACGUUCAAGGAUCGGACCAAUCAGCCGAGGAAGGAGCUGAGUCCGGACGAGCUAAACCGCCGAGUCGAAGCGUUCAUCAACAAGUUCAACGAAGAAAUGAGGCUGCAAAAAGAGGAGUCCAUAAAUCAAUUCAAGGAGAUGGUAAGUCGUGGAACGUAG